AUGUCUCAACUCGCAAUCGGAAACCCUGUUCGCUUCCAGGACUGGUUCAGCACCUUCGGCCCCAGACUCCAAAACAUAUCGACGGGUGUUUGCAAUGAGACGCUCAAUGCCUACCUCGCAGACUACCGCAACUUGAACACUCGAACUUGCGACCUGCAUCUCGAUUGCAUCCUCACCGAAACCUCCGAAUCCACAAAGGCCAAAAUCGCUUCUGCUGCCAUUUUCCUCGGCAUCCUUCCUUCAAUGCUAUCAAUGAUGGGUCCCUCGAUGACCCAACUCACACUGCUUUCCGCCCGUCGUCCCCUCCUUGCCAUACUCAUCGCCUUGGGCAGCACGGCCUUCUGCCUGGAUCGCCUCUUCCAUAUAGAAACCCCAGCCGACAUCUUGUCCAUGGUGCAGGGUGAACGGUUCAUACCCCGAAUCCGCAGCUCAAAAUGGGGCAUCGUCGUCAGCAUUCUGGAAUACCUAUUCAUUGGGGCUGCGGUAUUCAAUGUCAUCAACUUGGCUGUGCGUGUUGGCGACUACACCGUCAUGAGCUUCCAAUGCAACAUCUGGUUCUUCCCCCUCAUUUGGGUCCUCUCCGUUACCUUCAUCUUCCUCCUUGUCGCAAUACCGUUCCAAUUCUCCGCCAUCGCAAAGCACAUCCGCAACCGCACGGGCCCUGGUAGUGUCAGUCGGGUUGAUGCGGGUCCGGAGGGCCCCGACGACACGCAGUGGACCCCGCUCCCGCCGCGGGCCGAGUCGGUUUCCCCGUCCGGCACAUUUUCACGGCAGAACAGCGGGACAUCCGUCUCCAAAUUCAUGUUGAGGGAGCUUACCCCAGGGCUUCGGCACCCGUCGCUGAAAGUCGCCGAAGUACCGCAAUUUGAGCCGUGGGUUGCGGUGCUGUUCGGCGUUGGCUCGUUUUUUGCUGCGUUUCACAUCAUUUUGGGCACCGGGUGGUUCUCGUCCAUCUUGUUUCUGUCACCGGGCGACGCUAUCAGGGUUAUCAUGAGGUUCUUUGCAUCAUCCGUGGUAUGCAGGCUUGUUGUGAUGGUGGAGCUGGCGAGUAUGAAGUCGCAGGAGAUGCCUCGGGGAUAA